AUGCCGGUGUUCUUCUCCCCCGGGCCGCAGACGCUGCGCGCCGGGCUGUCCUACGUCGGGAGCGCCGUGUUCGCAAACAACCGCACGACGGACAGCGACGUGGCCCAGGAGCAGGACGACCGAUCAGCGGUCCACGAGCUGGUGUCCCACCUGCCGCUCCAGAUGCUGCUCUACUUCAACAUGUUCUACUUCCCCUGCUGGUGGGCGUCCGCUGUGGCCAUGCUCCACCUCAAGCUCUGCCUGCUCCCAGGGUACUACCAGGCCCUGCUGGUCACCGGGGUGAUCCUGCUGACCGCCAUCGAGGCGGCCCGGCUCUACCUGGGCUGGGUGGGGAACCUCACGGAGCAGGUACCAGAGCUGGCUGCGUUCUGGCUGCUGUCCGUCUCCUUCCAGCUGCCCGUGCUGCUCUUCUUCCUGACGGACGCCGCCAUCCUGAUCCUGCCCCUGGAGCGGGCGGUGCACGGCGUCCUCCUGCUCCUCCUGCUGGCCCAGAUCGCCUGCUCCUUCCUGGCCCUGCGCGCCAUGACCCGCAAGCUCACGCUGCUCUUCCACCUGCGGCAGAUCGGGGAGGUGGAGAGCCCCCGCCCCCGGCACCACCAGCUCCACCCACUGGGCCCACUGCCCCCCCACCACCGCAGCGUCCUGCCCAUGACCGGGGACCCCCGUCGGAGGUGA